GCCUCCCUCCCUCUAAUAUUCCCUUUCUAUCCUCGCAUCUACUUUUUGGACGGCCACUGCAUGUUGUCAUUUUUUUUUCAUCUCUUUUUUUUUAACAUUAGAUUUGGGGGCCAUGCACGCAUGCACGAUAGUUUCAUGGAUUGAUUGAUUUAUGUUUCGGGCCAGAAAUCUGCUCUAAGCUGGCUUAGGUAACAGCGCACCGGAUAAAGUCUGUUCGGUGCAUAGGGAGCCUUGUAUGUGUGACUAUAGAACGUUGUCGUUGUUGUCGAUUGGCAUCCCUGGAAGGGAAGAGGGCCAUCGGAAGACAAGAAAAGCGCUUGGUGCGAUAUGAUGCAAUGCAUGAGGAGACGCAGAGUGGGAGACUGGACGUGGGAAAAACGACGAUACCAACCACGCAUGCACCUUCGCGUCUUCCUUUUUACGGGUUUGUUUUUUAUUUCCUCUCUAUCAUUCUUCAGCGGGUGGAGGGAGAAAGCACGCCUUUGUAUAACUAGCACUCUGAAUCGUUGGGCUGGGGGGUGGUUGAACAAGCUGAUAUCCAUGUGCUGCUACUUUCUCCUUCUCUUCGUCAUUCCCCUUUUGAUCAUUGCUUUUGCUUCUUCCUGGCGAAAGAGGGGCUGGGGAUCAAAAACUCAUGGGAGGUAACGAGGUUGGCGUCAAUUUGGUGGUUGUUUUUUUUUAACAUAUAUUUCAAUUUUUUUUUUCUUUCUCUUUUCAUCGGGUGCUUGUGUAAAUUCUUGCAAAAGACCAAGUUACUACGAAACAGUCCAAGAAUAUAAAAAGAGAAAUCCAGACAGUCAAGAGUUUUUUUUUUCUU